AUGUCUCCUGCAGCUGAAAAGUUUUCGAAGAACCCAGACGACAGGGUAUUCAAAGCCUCGAAGUUGGCAUUUGAGGCCUGGGAAGCAGGAAUUACUAUCCGAAAAAAAUCAUUGGAAAUCCCAAGGCUUACCGGUUCUCUAGACAUAUUCACUGAGGGAAGGCCCUGUCCACGACGCCCUUCGUACAGCUUUGUUCGCCAGGCCGGCAACUUCCCUCGCGAAAAUGAACGAUACUUGGGACGAUGUGAGAAAAUGGAUCUUUGCGAAAUGACCUGCCGCCAGGUCGAGGAGCGCAAGAUCCGAUCCGACCGUCUCAAGCAUUGGCAUUUUGAGGAUAUGAAUGAAUAA